AUGAAAACAAUCGGAAUCUGCAUUCCCACCAUCGAGGGUGGCGUGGUCUGCCACCAGGAGAUCGGACGCGAGGCCAUGAGGCGGGGUAUUGCCUACCCCCCCAUUGUCACCCACACUCCACUCUACGCUGGAAUCAAGCAAGCCGUCCAAACCGACGACUUCGACUCGCUGGUGGCAGUACUGAGCGAUUCAAUCAACCGUACAGCCAAGGCGGGAGCGGACUUUGCCAUCAUCCCCUCGAACACCCCGCAUAUCGUAUACAGCGAAACGGCAGAGAAGUCGGUGAUCCCUGUCCUCAGUAUCCUGGAUGUCACGGCCGAUCAUUGCAAGAAGCAUGGCUAUAAGCGCGUCGGUAUACUUGGGACUACGCCUACUGCCAGAAGGCGUCUCUAUGAUGCCCCGUUAGAGAAACGAGGUAUCACCUCGGUCUAUCCGUCUGAGUCCGAUCAGGACCUUGUCCACGAUAUCAUUCAAACCCAACUGGUCUGUGGGAUCUUUCUGGAUGAGACGCGCGACAAGCUGGUGCGCAUCGCGAAGCAGCUGGCCCCGCAUUGUGAUGCUAUCAUUCUGGGAUGUACGGAGUUGCCGCUGAUCCUCAACGAGGAGAACUGUAUGAUCAAAGUCGUGGACACUACGAGGAUUCUGUCACAUGCGGCACUGGACCUUGCAACCAAGGAAUAG